AGCAUCUCCCUAUAUCCUUUCACAAACCAUUGUAAAGAAAUUUACCAAUGGCUUUCCUUCGAUCCACCUUCGCCACCUCUGUGCUUCUUUUAGCAUUCUUAGUCAUUGCCUCCGCAGACUACUAUGGAUAUGAUCCAGCACCAAAGGUUCAGAAGCCCGAAGCCACAACAGAGUACUACAACAAUUAUUAUAGUUCAACACCAAAGGUCGAGAAGGUUGAAACCAAAGUAGAUUACAAUCCACACCUUACAAAACCAUACUAUGCUGAAGAGUCCAAACCCAAAACAGAUUACUACGACAAUGCAUAUGGUCCUGCACCAAUUGUCGAGAAUGUUGAAGACAAACUAGACUACAACCCACAUCUUACAAAACCAGACUAUGAUGAAGAGUCCAAACCCAAAGCAAAUUACUAUGAUAAUGGAUAUGAUCCAACACCAAAGGUCGAGAAGGUUGCAGGCAAAGUAGAUUAUAACCAACACCUUACAAAACCUUAUUACGGCGGAGAGUCCGAAACCAAAACGUAUUACUACAACAAUGGAUAUGUUCCAACACCAAAGGUUGAGAAGGCUGAAGACAAAGUAGAUUACAACCCUCAUCUUACAAAACCCGACUAUGGUGAAGAGUCCAAGCCCCAAACAAAUUACUAUGACAAUGAGUAUGUUCCGGCACCAAAGGUCAAGAAGGUUGAAGCCAAAGUAGACUACAACCCACACCUUACAAAACCAAACUAUGGUGAAGAGUCCAAACCCAAAACAGUUUAUUACAACAAUGGAUAUAGUUCAGCACCAACAGUCCAAAAGCUUCAAGAUGAAUCAAGUUACAAACCACACCCUACAAAACCAGAUCAUGGUGAAGAGUCCAAAUCUGAAACAGAUAACUAUGACAACGGAUAUGGUCCAUCACCAAAGGUUGAGAACCCCAAACCCAAAACAGACUAUCCAGUUGAGAAACCUGACCCUAUCAAACAUGAUUAUUAUGAAGUGCCCAAACCAAAAGGAGAAGUUAAACAACAUCUGCUUCCAACAACCAUUGGUGUUCAAGGAGUUGUUUUAUGUAAAUCAGGUUCCACCUAUUCUCCAAUUCAAGGAGCCGUGACAAGAAUUACAUGUGGAUGCGAGGAUGAACAUGGGUACGACACAGGUUCUAUAUCAGUAUUGAGUCAUGUGACAGAUAAUAAAGGUUAUUUCUAUGCUACGGUGUCACUUGAGGAACUUGGAUCCAAAUUGAAGGUAAGCGAAUGCAAGGCAUACUUGGAAAGUUCUCCAUUAGAGACAUGCAAAGUUCCCACCGAUGUGAACUAUGGGAUCAGUGGUGCUCGUCUUUCUUCUUAUCGCAUUCUUGAAAAUAAGGUCAAAUUGUACACUGUGGGACCUUUCUUCUGCACCUCCCAACCUACUAAACCCCUCCCCAAUGGUUAUUGAAGCACCUUCUAUCAGGUCUAUUGAGAUUACCCGCAAAGUGGAACUCAUGAUUUUUUUUGUUUGUUCUUUUAUCAAUUUGUAUUUGUUGUGUGUUUAUU